ACCCUCUCUUCUGUGCCACCAAGAAAGUUUCAUAUCCUCAAACUCAUAAUAGUAACCUCCUCUAUUACUUUCCCAUCUCCCUUUCUCUUUCUCUCUUUAUAACAAUUAUCUUCUUCUUCUUCCUCUGCACACUUAUCUCCAUUUACUUUGAAGAAAAGAAAAAGAACAAGAACAGAAAGAAAGAUGGGGAGGGGCAAGAUUGAGAUCAAAAGGAUUGAGAACACAAGUAACAGGCAGGUGACCUACUCCAAAAGAAGAGCUGGGAUCAUGAAGAAAGCUAAGGAGAUCACUGUUUUAUGUGAUGCUCAGGUUUCUCUGGUUAUUUUCGCUAGUUCCGGAAAGAUGCAUGAGUACUGUAGCCCUUCUACUUCAUUGAUUGAAAUAUUGGACAAGUAUCACAAGCAUGCUGGUAAGAGGAUAUGGGAUGCUAAACAUGAGAACCUGAGUAAUGAGAUUGAUAGAAUCAAGAAAGAGAAUGACAGCAUGCAAAUUGAGCUCAGGCACAUGAAAGGGGAAGAUAUAGCUUCUUUGAACCACAAAGAGCUUAUGCAUAUAGAGGAAGCCCUUGAAAAUGGACUGGCCAGCAUUCGUGACAAACAGAUGGAAUAUUUGAAGAUGAUGAAGAAAAAUGAAAAGAUUUUGGAGGAGGAGAACAAGCGUCUGAGCUUUAUUCUGCAACAACAAGAAAUGGCUAUAGAAGAGAAUGUGAGGGAACUGGAAAAUCCUUAUCAUCAACAUAGGGUGAGGGAUUACAGCUCCCAAAUGCCCUUUGCCUUCAGGGUGCAGCCUAUUCAGCCAAACUUGCAGGAGAGAAUGUAACAUAUAUAUAUAUAUAUAUAUAUAUGUGUGUGCGCGCGCGUGUGGAUGCCUUAAUUAUGUGAUAUCCAAAACCUUUCUUAAAUAAGCUUGUUAAAGUAGCUAUUACUACAGUGCUACUAAGUUGUGUGAACUUGGCUUGAUUAGACUACUUGUUAAUUAAUUAAGGCCUUCAUGACCUUAUUUAUAUUAAUUUAUAGUUUAUUAAAAUAUUUUUCGUGGUUGUAUAAAA